GGUUACGGGAGAAAGGCUCCGCAUGCGCAGGCGCACUUCCGGCUUUGCCCCGCCGCUGCAGCCAUUGUCCGGCCCAGGUGCGGCGAAGGCCGCCCCUCGGACUUCAGAGUUGCAGAGGACUGAACCGGCACCGGGGACUGGAGGAGCCGGCCCGAGCCCUGGGUGGGCCUGAGGUCUCGAAAUCCGUAGUCCCCAGGAGGCGGUGAUUCCGAACCCUGUCUAGGAGCCGGGCCCGGCGACGCAGGAAUGGCCCCAAGGCCUCCGACGGCCAGGCCGCAGGAAUCGGUGACAUUUAAAGAUGUGGCUGUGAACUUCACCCAGGAAGAAUGGCACCACAUGGAUCCCGCUCAGAGGCGCUUGUACAGGGAUGUGAUGCUGGAGAACUAUAGCCACUUGGUUUCUCUUGGAUAUCAAGUUUCCAAGCCAGAGGUGAUCUUCAAAUUGGAGCAAGGAGAAGAGCCAUGGAUAGCAGAGGGAGAAAUCCAAAGACCUUUCUGUCCAGACUGGAGGACCAGGCCUGAAGCCAAAUCUUCAAAUCUGCAGCAGAGCAUAUCUGAAGUAUCCCUUAGCACAGAUGAUCCCUCAUGUACCACGUUAGAAGACACUUGGGAUGUUAAUGGCCAGUUAGAGAGGCACAAGGAAAACUGGAAGAGACAUUUGGGGCCAGAUGCAUCCACCCAGAAGAAAAUAAUCACACCAGAGGAAGCUUGUGAGCAAAAUAAAUUUGUUGAAAAUUCUAGAUUGAACACAGACCUGGUUACACAACUGAACAUUCCUCCAAGGUCUAAUGAAUGUGAUACACUUGGGAGCAAUUUGGGACAUAAUUCAGACUUACUCAGUCAGAAUAAUAUCCUUGCAAAAAAGAAACCUUAUAAAUGUAAUAAAUGUAGAAAAGCCUUUAUUCAUAGGUCAUCACUGACUAAACAUGAGAAAACUCAUAAAGGAGAUGGAACUUUCCCCAACGGUACAGAUCAGGGAAUUUAUCCUGGAAAGAAACACCAUGAAUGUACUGACUGUGGGAAAACCUUCCUCUGGAAGACACAACUUACUGAGCAUCAGAGAAUUCACACUGGGGAGAAACCCUUUGAAUGUAAUGUGUGUGGGAAGGCCUUCAGGCAUAGCUCAUCCCUUGGUCAGCAUGAGAAUGCUCAUACUGGAGAGAAACCCUAUCAGUGUAGUCUCUGUGGGAAAGCCUUCCAGCGCAGCUCCUCCCUUGUUCAACACCAGAGAAUUCACACUGGAGAGAAACCAUAUCGAUGUAAUUUGUGUGGUAGGUCAUUUAGGCAUGGCACAUCCCUCACUCAGCACGAGGUCACACAUAGUGGAGAGAAACCCUUCCAAUGUAAGGAAUGUGGGAAAGCCUUUAGUCGGUGUUCUUCCCUUGUCCAGCAUGAGAGGACUCACACAGGAGAGAAACCUUUUGAAUGUAGCAUAUGUGGGAGGGCUUUUGGUCAGAGCCCUUCCCUUUAUAAACAUAUGAGGAUUCAUAAGAGAGGCAAACCGUACCAAAGCAGUAACUACAGCAUAGAUUUCAAGAGCUCAUCUCUUACUCAAGAUGAAAACACUCUCACUGAAGUGAAAUCCUAUCAUUGCAAUGACUGUGGGGAAGACUUCAGUCACAUUACAGACUUCUCUGACCAUCAGAGGAUCCACACUAGAGAAAACCCCUAUGAUUGUGAGCAGGCCUUUAGUCAACAAUCUAUUUCUCACCCUGGCGAGAAACCCUAUCAAUGUAAUGUAUGUGGGAAAGCUUUCAAAAGGAGUACGAGUUUCAUAGAGCAUCACAGAAUUCAUACUGGAGAAAAACCCUAUGAAUGUAAUGAAUGUGGAGAAGCCUUCAGUCGACGCUCAUCACUGACUCAACAUGAGAGAACCCACACUGGAGAGAAACCCUAUGAAUGUAUCGACUGUGGUAAAGCCUUCAGUCAGAGUUCAUCUCUCAUUCAGCAUGAGAGAACUCAUACCGGAGAAAAACCCUAUGAAUGUAAUGAAUGUGGGCGAGCUUUCCGAAAGAAAACUAAUCUGCAUGAUCAUCAGAGAAUCCAUACUGGAGAAAAACCCUACGCUUGUAAGGAAUGUGGGAAAAACUUCAGUCGAAGCUCAGCUCUUACUAAACAUCAGAGAAUUCAUACACGAAAUAAACUCUAGGAACCUUGACAUUAGGGAAUGUGCCAAAAGCUUUAGCUAAAAUAUUGUUCUUAUUCAGUAUCAGAGGAUUCUUACUGGAGAGAAAGCUUGAGAAUGUAAUGAAUUGUGUGUGUGUAUGUGUGCACAUUGUGUGUGGAGAAAGCUCUGUGCUAGUAGACAGUGUUUUUUUUAAUAAAAGCCACAUUCUCUGGGACUUCCCUGGUGGUCCAGUGGUUAUAAGACUCCACGCUUCCAACUGCAGGGGCACAGGUUCGAUCCCUAGUCGGUGAAGAUCCUGCAUGCCAUGUGGUGCAGCCAAAUAAGAGAAAAAAAAAAAAAAGGAAAAGAAUAAAUAAAAGCCACAUUCUCAGAUCUGAUUACAGACGUGUGUAAAAACAACUACAAACAUAUAGCCUGUUAGAAAUGGUAUGCCUAUAUAUUGGACUUUGUAAAUUUUUUGAAUAUAUGUUUGCAGGAGAUCACCAACUUUCAACAAUUUAACUUGUAACUCUCACUGUUUACAGCUUUUUUAAAAAAUAAAUAAAACUCUCAUGGUA